UGCCACUGGGGCAGUCCUGGGGUACUUGUGGCAAUGUCUGCCACCUAGUGGCAAAAGAGAAUCACCAUCAUGUGGACCAGUCUACGUGGUCCUAAUGGUUAAACAGAUGCAUCUCUGCUUAGACAUCUAGGAACAGUAAAUUGGAGGAGACGCCAGAGUGAUGAGGAAGAAAAAAGUGGUGAAAUGUUCCUACAAGAUGAAGAAGCGGGACCUCUGGGUUUCAACGCCAGCAUAGUCCUUCUGAAGAGACCUGAGCUGCAGUUGCAUUUUGGUCAAGGAUCUGCCUCCCCACCCAACAUGUGACUGCUCCCACGCUCAGAAAGGGAUCUGAUGCUAUGGAGCCGGCAUUAAACUGCUCUGACCUGUGUCACCGUAUCCCCAGUCAGGAACUUAACGACAGGUCCCUUCAGGAUUUCUGUGGAACGGCUGUAACAUCUUCCGACCUCGGCACUGAGCCCAGCUCCUCGUUGUCCUCCGUCCUCUUGGGCCUCGUAUGGACUUCUCUCAGCGCAGGACUUCUUCUGGCACUCUUCUUUCUCAUUUUCACAAUCCGAUGUAGGAACAACAGGAUCGUGAAGAUGUCCAGUCCCAAUCUGAACAUUAUGACCUUGAUGGGCAGUGGUCUGACGUAUGCAAGUGCAUAUCUCUUUGGGGUUUCAGACCAAGAUAUUUUUUUGGGACCCUCCAUGACAACACUCAUUCAGGUCAGACUGUCCCUACUAUGUGUUGGAAGUUCCCUAAUGUUUGGCCCCAUCCUGGGGAAGAGCUGGAGAUUGUACAAGGUUUUUACCCAGCGGGUCCCAGACAAGAGAGUGAUUAUUAAAGACCUACAAUUGCUUGGACUGGUAGCAGUGCUGGUGAUAGUUGAUGUUAUCCUGCUUGUUACAUGGGUAUUAUCUGAUCCUAUCCAGUGUCUUCAGAUUCUCCGCUUUACAGUGAGGAUGACAGAGAGAGACAUCACCUGUUCCGUGACCAAGACAUACUUUUGUGCUUCCCUUUACUCUGAUCUCUGGAUUGUUCUCAUUUUGGGAUAUAAGGGUAUAAUCCUGCUCUAUGGUGCCUACCUGGCGGGGCUGACAGACCAUGUUAGCUCUCCACCAGUGAAUCAAUCCUUGACGAUCAUGGUUGGAGCCAAUCUUGUCUUGCUAGUUGCUGGGCUCCUUUUCUUGGUCAUUAGAUUCUUCUAUGAUUGGCCCAAUCUUGUCUUUGGACUCACAGCUGGAGGCAUUUUUGUUUGUACAACAACAAUCAACUGCUUCAUCUUCAUUCCACAACUGAAGCAGUGGAAGCCAUUUGAUGAAGAAAACCAAACAGUUGGCCAUAUGGCAAAAUACUUCAGCAGCCCCAGCAAAAGCUUCCAUAUCCCGUAUAGUGAGGAACAGAUUUACCAUCUAAUAGGGGAGAAGAACUCCAUGAAAAAACUCCUAACUGAGAAAAAUGCUGUGAUUGAAAGCCUCCAGGAGCAAGUGAACAAUGCCAAGGAGAAACUGAUGAGACUAAUGUCAGGCGACUGCACCAAUGAUCACCCUAGUCAAACUGCCACUCCUGUUCUUGUUCAGGGAAAGACUAGCCCUAGUGAAGCCUCUAUCCAUGGAGGUGUAGCAGCUGAAGGGCUUUUCAACAGUCCCUCAGAUUCUGGUGGGGAGCCCUGCCUUGUCUUCCCAAACACACGAUGCAGUCCAACCCUUUUUACUAGUUUACAGAGCCUUAAGGAUUAUGUGAAAGACCAAGACUCUUUCCCACAACACCAGGAACAGAUUUCGGACUCAGAAGACAUAUCUAAUCAUUUACACUUAGAAAAUACCCAGAAGCAGCAGGCUUCCCAGAGUGGCAUUCUGAAAGCAGAAGAUCAGGGGUUGACAUCCCCAAGUCAGAAUCUUAUACCAGAUCCCAAAGCCAGUAUUCCUCAGAGACAAAAUCAAUUAAAAAAUUCAGAAAUAGAGCAGCCAUCAAAGAUUAAUUAUGUAAGCAGUGAGAUGCUUCAAGAGGUCUUACAAGAACUGAGCUUGGGCAAAGUAACUUACCCCUCUUGUUCUCUCAGUAGUCCCCAGUGCUUUAGUCCCAGGGUGCACCAAGAAGAUAGUGUUGCCCCCAGUUUCCAAAAGAGGUCUUUCUCUAAUGACAUGGGCAUUAGCCCAUAUAUGGUGAGAAGGAGACGGGCAGCUCAGCGAGCCUCCAUGCAUUUCCCAGGACCUUCACAAACGUGGUGCCUGAUGAACAAGACAGUUUCCAAGACACAGAGCGGGCUAACGGUUCAGAGGGAGAACACGUUCAACCAGGAACUCCAGGUUGGGAAUCCUGAAGGACAAAAGUCCUUUUCGUGGAAAUCUUCCCUGCUUGCUCCAGCCCAUGGUAGCCAGAAUCCUCAGGCUGAGAACUGGCAGAGCCAAUGUGAAGAUCAUAGAACCAGAGUAAGAGUAAGAGAUGGAUUUCCAAACCAGUCUUCCUGCUCUAGUCAUAUAGAAAAUCAAGUUGCCCCUAUGCAUUCCAGUAACCCACCAAAUCUCCUCCGGCUAGAGCGACUGCAGUUGAGCGGUACGGGCUGGCCAGCCCUGCCUUCCCUGUGUGAUUAUGGGGAUUCCGAGUCCAGCAGCUCUGACGAACCAUUCUGUCGCUGCCAUCGGCCUUAUUGUGACAUUUGUUUCCAGAGUUCCAGCGACUCUGGUGACAGCAGCACCUCUGAGAAUGAUCCUGAACCAGCACAGGACACAGCCCACUGGGCCAAACUGUAUGCCAGGUCCCACCCCAUUGUGAACUUCAGAGAGGACUUGAAACCCACAUUGGUAUAAAAGCAGUGGAAUCAGUCUAUUUAGAAGGGUAUGAUGAUGCCCUCAAAAGUCUGCAGAAGAAACUUUUGACGCUAUGGGAAUGGAUCUAAGUUCAUUCAGCAAGUAACUGUUCUGUUCAUGACCAACACACUGUGUGAUCUUGGUCAUGUCAUUUUUUCUCUUUGUGAUUCAGUCUCUCCACAUAUAAAUUAGAAUGCUGUUACCUGCCUUGUCACUACCUCAUAGGGAUUCCAUGACAGUCCCCAAUGGGAUGUCUGCAAACCAUUAAGCUGCUGAUAGACAUAUUUUAGUUCUGCCUAAUAAAGAAAAACUUCUUAACAAAUAAAAGUUAUACUAGGGAAGAAUGUAAAGCCAGGAGGCAGGGGCAAAAAGUUCCUCAUUCCAAGAGCUUAGUAAACAGAAGUUGAAUCUCCACUUGUUGGAGAUGCUGUAUAUAUAAAAAAAAGUUUUCUUCUGAGAUAUGUAUCAGAUCCCAUGAGAUCCCUUCCUGUUCUGGGACUCUAUAAGGUGCUUUGAGAUCUUUGGGUAAAAGAUAUGUAUGAGUACAGAGUUUGUGUUGAAACUAUAUUGGUUGCACUGAAUUCUUUGAUGCUUAAUGAAUAAUUAUUGAAUGAAUGGAUAAAUGGAUGCAUAAAAAUCUAUGGAGUCAAUUCAGUGCCUAUGGCAUUGAAGUUAAUACUUUGAUCAGAAUGGAUUCUGUUUUGAGAAUAAGUAUACAGGCUCAAGCAAUCUUUUCUAUCCCAAUCAUUACCCUCUCUGAAAAAGGCAUUGAUUUUAGUGCAGGGCUAAUAGAAAUCAUGUUGGUGCUACUGAAGAUGGUAUUGGCUGUCACUCAUAUUCUUGCCUCUCUGGCUAGAAUAAAUUUAGGCUUGUGCCCUUAGCAUACUGUAGGAAUAUGGGAGGUGGGAUGCCGAUUAUCCUGAAGAAGAAAAGACAUGGAAAUUAUAAUCAUUGUCUUCAAGUAUUUGAAUGGCUAUCAUUGCAAGAAGGAUUAGACUUGUUCCACCUGGUCUCAGAAGGAGGAACUAGGAACAAUGGAUGGGAAAUGAAGAGACCGACUUAGAUUCAGUGGAAGAAAAAAAUGUACUGAUAAUUAGGGUUGUCCCCAAAAUCAAAUGGGCUGCCUUGGGAGGUGACAGGUUCUUCUCCAUUCUUGAAAGUCUUUCACUGGAGGCUGUUUUACCACUUGUUUGGUAUGUCAGAGAAGGCACUCCUGUUCUGGCUUAGACCAGAUAGAUUCCAAUUCUAACUCUUUGAAAUUAUAAAUAAGGUAAAAUUUGCCUUUGGUUUCUUUCUAUCCUUUCAGCUGUUUUCCUUAUUACUCCAUGUAGUAACUUCAUAAUAUCCUCUGGUUUCCCCACCCCUUCAUUGAAAUACAUGCUAAAUAAAUUUAAACAACACCUUUCUUAUUCAA